GGGCAUGCGGUCUAUAGGGGGGGGGGGGCUUAAAGGGGUACGACCCCCAACCCUAUAACCAUGCGGCUCUCUGCUCUCCUAAGCCUGGCAGCUAAACCUAAACUACCCAGGAAUUACCGACACGGUACUUGGAGACCCGGUACCGCAGCCGAAUUCCUUCGGAACCCACCGGGUCAACGUCGAAAGAAGAUCUUCGUCGAACCCAUCAGUAAGGAGGAAUGGAAGGUGUUCCUUGGUGAUACGGUCCAAGUGCUGACUGGGAAGGAUGCAGGGAAACAAGGCUUGGUCACCCAGGUUGUACGUGCCCGCAAUUGGGUGGUGGUAGAAGGGCUGAACACACACUACCGCUAUGUCAAUAGGAACGCCAAGUAUAGCAGCACUUAUAUUGCCAGCGAGGCCCCGCUGCUGCUCAAUCAGAUCUCCCUGGUGGACCCCGAGGACAGGAAGCCGACAGAGGUGGAUUGGAGAUACACAGAGGAAGGGGAACGUGUCCGUGUCUCGUUACGCACCGGCCGCAUCAUCCCCCUCCCACUGAAGCAACGUCGGGAUGGCAUCGUUCCUGAGCAGUGGAUCGAUGGCCCCAAGGACACGUCGGUGGAUGACACGAUGGACAAAACCUACACGCCGUCCCUGAAGACGUUUGAGGAGGAGAUCAUGGAUGCUAUGGGGAUUGUGGAGACACGCAGGGCUAAGAAAUCCUACUGGUAUUAAAUCCUAUGUAGGCCUGGAGCUGCAUUCCAUGCUCCAAGGGUUUGCAAUAAAGAUGUCCCUUUAUUUUUUA